AUGUAUGUGCCAGAGCAUGUUGUGACUAAGAGCAGUUUCGUUAAGAACAUAGUUGUUACAUUAUACUUGCAGUUUCGAGUAGUCUGCAUGGGAGGCGUUAACGGCAAGUAUGAUAACACACGAAACCGAAACCGAAACCGAAACCGCGAAGUUGAGAGGUUGAAACGUGAAAAUGAGAAUUCAAACAGAGGUUCUGCAGCUAAACCAACAAGACACAAGGAUUAUUCAAGGACACAUUCAUCUAAGCAUGUUGUGGAAGUUGAGGAUGAGGAGACUAAGAAAAAAGUAGAAGUUAGUACUAUUGGAGGAAGAGAAGGAGAUGUUAGAAACGAUAAGACCAGUGAGGUUGGAAAUGUUUCAAUGAGAUCAGAGGAGAAGAAGAAGAUUGCAAGCUAUGAAUUUGUUGAUGGCUGGCCAAAAUGGCUUGUUGAUAAUAUCCCCAAAAACUUUUUGGCUAGUUUGGUUGCCAAAAGUGCUGAUUCCUAUGAAAAACUUGAUAAGGUAGGACGUGGAACAUAUAGCAAUGUGUACAAAGCAAGAGAUAAGGAAACUGGGAAGAUUGUUGCUUUGAAGAAGGUACGGUUUGAUACAUCAGAUUCUGAAAGCAUAAAGUUUAUGGCAAGAGAGAUCAUGUUACUGCAGGCACUGGAUCAUCCCAAUGUUAUCAAACUUGAAGGAUUAGCAACAUCAAGGAUGCAAUAUAGUCUUUAUCUAGUUUUUGAGUACAUGCAAACCGACCUUACCAGAAUUAUUUCCCGCCCUGGGGAAAGACUCACUGAACCACAGAUAAAGUGCUAUAUGCAGCAGCUGCUUUUGGGGCUCCAGCAUUGUCAUGAGAGGGGAGUUAUGCACCGAGAUAUUAAAGCUUCUAACUUGUUAAUAGAUAAAAGAGGGGUGCUAAAAAUUGCAGAUUUUGGGCUUGGAUAUUCCUUUGCUAUUAGACCUGAAGGGCCUCUUACAAAUCGAGUUGUGACACUUUGGUAUAGAGCUCCUGAACUUCUUUUAGGCUCAACUGAUUAUGGAUAUGGCAUUGAUCUAUGGAGUGCAGGAUGCUUGUUGGCUGAGAUGUUUGUUGGAAGACCAAUUAUGCCCGGGAGGACAGAGGUAGAACAGCUUCACAUGAUCUUCAAACUUUGUGGUUCACCUUCAGAGGAUUUCUGGAAAAAAAUGAAGCUAACAACAAGCUACCGUCCACCUCAACAUUACAAAGCUAAUUACGAAGAAAACUUCCAGGUUUUUCCUUCGUCUGCCCGUGGUCUCUUGAUCACACUUCUUGAUCUAGACGCUGACCGUCGUGGCAGUGCUGCCUCUGCUCUUGAAAGUGAAUUCUUCAAAUCUAGUCCAUUAGCAUGUGACCCUUCAGCGUUACCAGUAAUCCACAAAGACGAGGAUGAACGCUCACAAACUAAGAGACGCAGAAGGCGCAAGAGUUUGAAAAAGGGCAAAGUAUCUCAAACAAGUACAAGCAAUGUAAGCCUGUCAGGAAAGAACCAAAUUGCUGAACAAAGCAGCAGAGAUUUUGAAACAUCAAAGGAGGAGAAGAGUAUGGAACAAAGCUUGCAAGGUCAAGAAACGGGGAAUAGUGGAAGCAGCAGGUCGUCACAAUUUAUGAGCGAAAGGAGCAUGAAUGCAUCUAUAUCCCCAGUUUUCCUCUCUAGUGGGAGAAAAUCCCCCAAAACUGAGGGCCAUCCUAAUGCUCUUAAGAACAUAAAGAACUACACCCUCUUACAGGCAUCUAUCAUUGAUAUCAUCAAUCGCAACGAAGGCGAUGAAUCGGGCCAGUUGCGUAGGUCCUUUUCUGCGUUGGAUUUUAGGCUUGAUCCAGCGAAGCUAUCAAGUAUCUACGGAUCAAGCAAGAAGUUGGACCAUGAAAUGUGA